UUUCUUACCGAGCUGUGUUUCCCUUUUGAUCAGUUUUAACCAAAUUCCCGUAAAACUAAGGAUGUUCCGCCAGCAUAAAAGCAUCAACGUGUAUGUGCCGCCGAUGAGUAGUUUUCCGGAACCCAGUUUGCUGGGCGGCUAUGGACUGGAGGAUCGCAUGGAGGUGCCCAAGUCGACGGAGGUCCCUGAGGAUGUCCUCGCGGGUCGGGAGGAGCCGCACUUCCUCUACGUAAUCGACAGCCGGGGACGUCUUUUGGAGCACAUUCGAUACUACGGGGACGAUUACCGGAUGGCCCUGCGGGAGGCCUUCGCCUCGAAGAAUGUUCCGCUGAGUGAUGCAGAUUUUAGAAUGGACCCAAGUCGGGAAUCGCAGAACGAAAAUUCCUGCCCGUGGCUCCCCAAAUAAGUAAAUUAAUUGAUCAAAAUUGCAAGCAAAAAUUCUAUAAAACUC